UUGAUUUGUUUAUAGCAACGAUUUUCCUUCCAAAUUCCGUUGAGCGAUCAUGGGAGGUCACGGUGGAUUGAACAUCCUCCCGCAGAAGAAGUGGAAUGUCUACAACUUCGAUAAUCGGGAGAAGGUCCGCCUCGACGAGGUAGCCGCCGCCAAGGAGGAACAGCUCAAGCGCGAGCAAUCUCGCCGCCGCGACACCGAGCUUCGCCUCGAGAAGCUCCGUCAGGCUCGUGGCCUACCCAGCCAACAUCCACCCGAAGCCGACGAAAAACCCUCUGUCGAAACUGCACCCGCUCCUGCCCCUGCCCCUGCUCCUGCUCCUGCUCCUGCUCCUGCUCCUGCUCCUGCUGUAUCAAUUGCCGAGCCCUCAAAUUCGGCGUCUGAUUCAAAGCACAUUAAUUUGUUCGAAGGAAUCAGGAUUUUCGACCCGAUCAAGCCCGGCGAUGAGAAGAAAAGUGAAAAGAGAAGCAGAUUUGCGAGGGAUGAUGAUAAGAAUAAGAGGCUGAAGAAGGAGGAGGUUAGGGUUGUGGGGCCGGAGGAUGAGAAUCAUAAAUUUGGGUACGGAGUUGCUGGGAAAGGCGUUAAAUUGCCGUGGUAUAUGGCGAAGAGGGUUGCUGAUGGGGACGACGACGACGGUGAUGAAGAACAGAGGCGUAAGGAGAAGAAGAGGAGCUCUGGUGGUGGUAAAAAAACAAUUGAGGAGUUGAGGGAGGAGAGGCUGAAUAGAGAGAGGAAGGAGAAGGAGAGAGAAAGGGCUUUGUUGAUGAUGAAGCAUAAGAAAGAUGGGGGUUUUUCUUCCCGGAGGAGAUGAGUUCCAGGUUAUGGCAGGUGAUGCAAAUCUGGGGUGUAUUCACUCUUAUUUCACAAGAUGGCAGGUUGUGCAGCUAACGUCAUGUAUUCAUGGAACAAUUGAAACAGCGAGAGCCUUCUUGUACGGGAUCCAAGAAAUUUACAUUCGACAUCUAUGCAUAUAAGUAUAACAAGUCAUUGUCAAGGGAGAAGUGCAGUAAGCAGCCAGUGGGCAGAAGAAACUACAAAAUUCUUCAGUGGCAAGUUGUGUGCUCGGGUUCUUGGUUCAAUCAUUUGGCCUCGUUCGAGCAAUUAGAGCCGGCAUGUACAUCAUGAUAAUUUCUGGUUUGCAUAUCAUAGUCCACUCAAAACCAUUUCCUUAACAUUGUUAUUUUCAGCCUAAGUACUCAAAAGAGAAAAUAUCAAUGGUUUAAAAUGAGAUUAAGUACUCAAAA